AUGUGUCCAUACAUAGCCAGUUGGCUAGUUCUCAUGAUCCCCAAGCACACCUUAAUACCUCAUAAUAGCUGGGAUUGGAGAGCUAUCAAAUUGCUAUGUCUAUCUGAUCAUCUAGUCUUGAUAGAAGCAGAUGGUAUUUAUGCAGCAGUAUUACUUUUUGGUAUCUUCUUGACUAUAAUGGUGUCUUUAUUCAUAUUUUCUUUGAAAGUAUAUGAAAAACUAGGUUGGGUCAAUGAGAAAAAAUUUGAUCGUUUCAAAGUUGGAUUGGGACACCAAUAUGAAAGUGGGACACUGAUACAAAAGUGGGAUAUAUUGAGACACGCUUAG